UUUCUUAUUCCUUUGCAAUCAUCAUCUUCCAUUUUCCCUCCGCCAGUCAAGCUGUUAUUAUCUUCGAAAAUAAAAUUAUGCCGCUCGCAUCUGUGGAUGCAACCCGAGGUGCAAAGCUCUAUGUUGAGCAAUGCGAACACUGCCAUACCAUAGAGAAAGGCGGGAAGCAUGUCUUCGGACCAAACUUGUACUCCAUCUUUGGACAAGUUUCAGGCCAGAUUCCUGGCAGCAAAGCAAGUCAAGCAUACAAGGACAAGGCUAUCAAGUGGACUCUCGGAAGUAUGUUUGCCUAUCUUGAAGAUACAAAGACGCCAUUUCCGGGAUCGAAGAAACCGUACAAAGGGUUCCGAGUAUCUUGAGACCCAGAAGGAUAAACCCAAAUGGUUUGAGAUCUUUUAGGGUAUCGGAUUUUUUAGCUUACGAUGCGAGUUGGAUAGAAGAUAGGAUUGUUCUAGACUUCGUAGGAUAAUAUCAACAGGCUGAAGUCAUAGUUAUAAAUUAAAAUUUGAAGGCUAAGGUGAUGUCAAAACGAGCUAA